AUGAUGUUGUUGCGAUGCUUGCCUUUGCGGGCUUGCACUUUGCUGUCUCUACUCAUUGUCUACUUUGCGCUGAGCGCUGUCGCCGUCGAUGCUAAUGCGCGACCCAUAGCUAAUUCGUUCCACCAUCUCCGUAAGCUCAGAUACCAGAAGAAUGUUCACCAACUACCAUUCGCCGAUACAUUGCCCCUUUCCACCAAAGUCCCACCUUCAACACAAACUCUCGACUCAAUCCCCCGACAUGCGCCGACUGCCACAGUUGCCGACGCCAACAUCCUGCACGAUCUACACAAUGCGCUUUCUGUCAUGCAAGACCACUACUUCGCCCUCUGGCUAGGGAAAUGGACAACUGCUAUCGAUUGGACAGCUGCCGUCAUGGGCACCUAUCUCUCGGCCACACUCUCAUCCUUAUCUCGGUCAAUCGACUAUACCAUGCCCGGCACGUUUGACAAAGAUAGAAAACUGGACGUGGAAGCACUCAUGGUGGAAAAUGAGAUAAACAGGUACUUUACACAAAGUGUAAGCUACUACUUCGGAGAGGAUUACUUCGCGAUAAGAAUGCAGGCUUUUGACGAUAUGCUCUGGGUCGUCCUUGGCUGGCUAGAAUCGACACAGUUCAUCGAGUCGCACUCUGCCACGCACUAUGCGACCGAGAAAAAUGCUGGCAUUGGAGGGCCAGACUACUGGCAUGCUAACCAGUUCAUCCCAGUUUUUGCACAUAGAUCGCGGGUCUUUUACGAACUCGCCGAGGAAGGAUGGGAUUGGCGACUCUGUGGUGGAGGUAUGACCUGGAACCCGCGACUCUUACCCUACAAAAACGCAAUUACGAACCAGCUCUUCAUAUCCGCCAGCAUCAGCAUGUAUCUCCACUUCCCUGGCGAUGACAAUUGCUCUCCGUUCCUCUCACAGUCGGACGCUGGACGCCCGCGUACAAAAGAUCUGGACGAGGAAUGCGAAGAGGGUGCCCGAGGACGCUAUGACCCGGUGUUCCUUGCCAACGCGAUCAAUGGCUACGAGUGGCUAAAGAACAGCGGUAUGAUGAACAGUCAGGGGCUCUAUGCUGAUGGCUUCCACAUUCGAGGAUACCGCUGGAAUCAGAGCAAGACGACGUGCGAUGAGAGGAAUGAAAUGGUGUACACAUACAACCAAGGCGUGAUACUUUCUGGUCUGCGAGGGCUAUGGGAAGCCACAGGCAACAUCACAUACCUGGAACAUGGCCACGAGCUAGUCCGAAAUGUCAUACGUGCCACAGGUUGGACGCGUGGUACUUUUACCAAGCCACAGUCGCAAAAGAAUAGGAGCAACAUAGACGCUGAGAGAGAGAAAGCUGCGCUUCCAUUAGCCUGGAGCGGGCUGGGUAACGAUGGCAUCUUGACCGAACUGUGCGACCCAUCUGGCCGUUGUAAUCAGGACGGUCAAACAUUCAAGGGCAUAUUCUUUCACCAUCUCACUGCUUUUUGCGCGCCUCUGCCAACUUAUGCGGUCAAACCGGGCCUCACGCACGCUGCCACCCGCGAGACGGCUGUACUGCACCAAAGGAGUUGCGACGAGUACGCCGAUUGGGUUGUACAUAACGCACAAGCAGCGUUGCGAACUCGCGACAAUGAAGGCCGAAUGGGAGCGUGGUGGGGCGCACCGAACAAUCUGGCAUCCAGAACAAGUACCGACAAGCAUGGGCAGUAUUCAGACAUGUUCGAUGCGCUUCUCCCCCACGGCGCAGUCGACUACCGCAACACUAUGGUCGACGACUACAUUCCAGACGGCCAGACUAGAUCCGAGCAACCACCGAACGAGUAUAUAUUUACCCACGACUCAAAAGCACAAUUUUCUGGCGACUGGAACGACCGUGGGAGAGGAAGGACGGUGGAGACGCAGGGAAGUGGACUUGCUGUUGUGAGAGCAAUGUGGGAGUUUCUAAGACGCAAGCAGAGGGGAAUAUGA